UACCGUGUGAAAUUUUUUCGCUUGGCAAGUCCCUCCUCCCUAUCAUCCGACCUCCUUUAGAAGUCCAAAUUCCUGGCUGACUGGACGCUCCCUCGGAAGAAUUUCUCUUCGACCUCAUGGCUCUCGCCUUCUGCUCUUCUCUCCGCUUCUCGACCUCCACUCCUUCGCCGCCAUCCCCUUCUCUCCCUCUCCGAACCUCGCCGACGAGUUCCUCCCUAAUUACGGUCCGUUCUCCCCAGCGGAUGGGAGCCCGUUCCCUCCGCGCCCGCCCGCCUCUGCGGCCGAAGGCCACGGUCGCCGUCGACUCCCCUGCCGCUGGCCCGGACGCCUCCCGGAGCGGGCCGCCUAGGGUUUUGCUGGAGGUGAAAGAUCUCAUGGCCGUGAUCGUGGAGUCGGGGCAGGAGAUCCUUCGUGGUGUCAAUCUUACGAUCUACGAGGGCGAGGUUCACGCGAUUAUGGGAAAGAAUGGGUCCGGGAAGAGCACAUUCUCAAAGGUUCUUGUUGGUCAUCCAGAUUAUGAGGUAACUGGAGGUAGUGUUAUCUUUAAAGGUGAGAACUUGCUAGACAUGGAGCCAGAGGAUAGAUCUCAUGCUGGGCUUUUCAUGAGUUUCCAGACCCCUGUUGAGAUACCAGGGGUAAGCAAUUUUGACUUUCUGAACAUGGCAUAUAAUGCUCGAAGAAAAAAGGAAGGGCUACCUGAGCUACCUCCUCUAGAGUUCUAUAGUUAUUUGUCUCCCAAAGCUGCUGCUGUUAAUAUGGAUCUAAGGUUUCUGGACAGAAAUGUGAAUGAAGGGUUUAGCGGUGGCGAAAGGAAACGCAAUGAAAUUUUGCAACUUGCGAUUCUUGAGGCAGAUUUAGCAAUUUUAGAUGAAAUUGAUUCAGGGUUAGAUGUUGAUGCACUUCAAGAUGUAGCAAAAGCAGUUAAUGGGCUUUUAACACCCUACAAUUCGGUUUUGAUGAUCACACAUUAUCAACGUCUUUUGGAUAUUAUCAAUCCCAGCCAUGUACAUAUCAUGGAGGAAGGCUCAAUUGUAAAGACUGGUGAUCUUUCACUGGCAAAACAGCUUGAGAAGGAGGGCUACAGAGCAUUUUCUGUUUCAUGAUUGUGAAGUUAGUAUCCAAAUUGACCUAGUUUCUUCUUUGUCUGCUUUUUCCUGAUAAAGAAUUGAUUUUUUUAUUUUUUUUUGGACACACGAUUUCAAAAAGUGAUAGCAUGACCAUACAUAUUGUUGCCAGAUAUCACAAACCAUAUGUAUAAUGUAUUUGAUGCAUCAGUGGAAAGAAAUGCUACCUGAUGUAAUGUUUAAUGAUUUAUCAUUAUCCUCCAUCCUUUUGAAAAAUUUGAUAAAAAUUUGGCAUCAAUAUGAAUUGGAUGACUACAUUGUGAGCCACGAUUGAAUAACAGGAAUAAUGCAUUCAUAAGUCAUUCUGUUUUCCUGAGGUCCCGCAGGCUGAUUUUUCCAAGCCCAUAUUUUCUGUAGUGUUUGGAACUUUCGGAUAUCCAAUGGAAAUCAGUAGCAAACUAGCGAUAGCUGACUCUUAACAAUUUAGCCAUUUAAAGCAACCACUUAUAUGACUAGUCUUAUUUAGUACCCACAUCCUUAUUAAUAGUUCACCAUGUGUUUGCCAAAUGUUGACACCAUGCAAGAGCACAAGCAUGAUGCACUUGCUAUCUCCUUCAAUUUCUUCUAUCCUUCAUUUGUUGAUUGAUUGGGGCAGAAUAUGAAGACCAUCUUUCCUUUUUCAAGUCUGUAUAUUGGAGCACAGAGAAAAAAAAUCCAUAGAUGUUAUAUUCCUGUAAUCAGUAUUUUUUUCAUUCAAUGUCUUUCUUUUUAUUUAUUUUCA